CCGCUCUUGAGCGGCUUUCGGCCAAAUCAGCUUUGCCGUGAAUUUCCGAAGGCCCGCUUAGUCAUCCAGAUUCCGGCGUUCGGUUUGCGGCAAACAACUUCUCCCCUCCGAAAUAUCAUGAGAAACAGGAAAUCCAAAACGCAAACCAACCCAAUUAUACCCAUUGAUCUCACCUGGCAAGGUUCUCUUGUACGAACCAGGAGGCUAGGAAAGAACCAAACGAUAUUGAAUUCAACGGAAGCUUCCUCCUGUCUUACCAUCAGCCAUGAAUUCCGUUCUUGCUAGAAACUCCAUUCUUCGGGCGGCCGCUCCGCUGCGACCUCAACCCGUUUAUCGGUCACAGCUCUCAGCACUUUCCCGGCUUCUUUCUACGCUUGCGGUUCUUGAGCAGCGCGAUGGAAAGAUCCAAGGUUCCUCCCUCUCGGCGAUCACUGCUGCACAGAAACUGGGCGGCUCCGUAACUGCUUUUGUGGCAGGCGGUGGUGUGAAAAGCAGUGCGGCGGCAGAGGCUGCAAAGAUUAAGGGUUUGGAUAAGGUUGUUGCCGUGGACAAUGCUGCUUAUGACAAGGGAUUGCCCGAGAACUAUGCUCCCCUUCUUGUUGAGAAUAUCAAGAAGGAAGGAUUUACGCACAUCAUCGCUGCUCACAGUGCUUUUGGCAAGAAUGUUUUGCCCCGAGUUGCAGCACUCCUAGACGUCCAGCAAGUAUCUGAUAUCACGGCCAUUGAAAGCGAAGAUACUUUUGUCCGACCCAUUUAUGCCGGUAAUGCUAUUCUGACCGUCCAAUCCACGGAUCCCGUGAAGGUCAUCACAGUCCGAGGAACCGCAUUCCAAGCAGGCGAAACAACAGGGGGCUCGGCAGAAAUCAUUGAUGGUGCCGAUCCCAACGUACCAUCCCCCACAGAAUGGGUAUCGGAGGACUUAGCCAAGUCUGACCGCCCUGAUCUUGGCACUGCUUCCCGCGUCGUCUCUGGCGGACGGGGUCUUAAAUCGAAAGAGGAAUUCGACAGACUGAUGCCGCCACUCGCGGAUGCUCUGGGCGCUGCCAUCGGUGCCUCUCGCGCGGCGGUUGACAGCGGUUUCGCGGAUAACAGUCUUCAGGUCGGCCAGACCGGUAAGAACGUUGCGCCUGAACUAUACAUUUGCGUGGGUAUCUCUGGAGCCAUCCAGCAUCUUGCCGGUAUGAAAGAUAGCAAGGUCAUUGCUGCAAUCAACAAGGAUCCCGACGCGCCGAUUUUCCAGGUUGCAGAUGUUGGAUUGGUAGGAGAUCUAUUUGAGAAGGUACCCGAAUUGACUGAGAAGCUGAAGAAGUGAAAAUAGCUGUAUUUUGUUCUCCAUUUAUUCUUUGUUUUACAUAUAUUUAUAUUUUUAUGGUUUUCACUUGUUUCCUUUGGAGUCAUUGAUAGCAUUCCCACGUUUUCUCCUUUCUUUCUCGCUUCCUUAUUAGAGACAAUUUUUCUUCAGAACAAUUGCCUGUACUGAAAUCGCUGUUCAUACUUAUGUACAGUACAAACAAAGAUGCAUUGCAUGAAUAAAAGAAACAGUAUUCUGGAGUUUUGGUAGGUGAUUCGAUCGGUAUAAUUUCCAAAUGAUUUGCAUGUCAUCACAACAAGACGGUGUCGUGGUGUAGUUGGUUAUCACGUGAGUCUAACACACUCAAGGUCCCCAGUUCGAGCCUGGGCGACAUCA